AGGCAGCCUGCAUCGCCGCCGACUGCGCUCCUGCAUUCCAGAGCCAGCUCGUCCUUCCUCCCUUCUUCUUCCUCUCCUCCUAGCUCUUGCUUCCUGAACUCGUUCCACUCUCUUGUUAUCUCCUGAAGCCUCAGCGUCAUGUUCUUCGGCGGCGGCUUCGAUGGCUUUCCAGGAGGCUUUCCUGGUGGCGCUGGAAGAGGCUCACAAAAGGUGGACAACACUUCGCUCUACAAGGUGCUCGGACUCGAGUCGAACGCGUCGGACUCCGAGAUCAAGAAAGCCUACAAGAAGCUUGCUAUCAAGCACCAUCCGGACAAAGGUGGAGACGAAGCAACGUUCAAGGAAAUCACCAGAGCUUACGAGAUCCUCUCCGACGAGAACAAGAGAAAGCUGUACGAUGAAGGCGGCGAGGAAGCCGUGGAGAGUGGAGGAGGAGGUGGCGAUGCGCACGACAUUUUCUCUGCAUUUUUUGGAGGGGGCGGAAGAAGGCAGAGAGGUCCGCAGAAAGGGGAGGAUUUGGUUCAUCCGAUCCAAGUCGAUCUGGAAAACCUCUACAACGGAAAGACCGUGAAGCUUGCCCUCACCAGGGACAUCAUCUGCACAGCUUGCAAUGGAUCUGGCAGCAAGAAUCCCAACGCUAACACAACCUGCCAGUCAUGUGAUGGACAUGGUGUGAAGCUCGUUGUGAGACAAAUUGCUCCUGGUAUGAUCCAGCAAAUGCAAGCUCGCUGCCCGGAUUGCGAAGGUUCCGGCACCAGCAUCAAACCCAAGGACAAGUGCACAGAAUGUAGCGGAAAGAAGACAACCAAGGAGAAGAAAGUGCUUGAGGUCCAAAUCGACAAGGGUAUGAAGCACAACCAGAAGAUCACGUUUGCGGGUGAGGCGGAUCAGAAGCCUGGAAUGUUGCCCGGCGACGUCGUCUUCGUUGUACAACAGAAAGAGCAUCCAAAGUUCAUUAGGAAGGGCGAUGACUUGUUGAUGCAACAGAGAAUCAAACUUGUUGAAGCUCUCUGUGGCUGCCAUUUCGUCGUUGAGCAUCUUGACAAGAGAAAGCUUAUUGUGAAGACGAAAGAGGGCGAGCUGAUCCGUCCUGGCGAUGUUAAGACUAUUGAAGAUGAAGGCAUGCCCAUGCAUAAGAAUCCUUUCGUGAAGGGCAAGCUUUACGUUAAGUUCGAGAUCGAGUUCCCUGAGAACGGAAGCAUCGCACCUGAAGACGUCAAAGCUCUGAUCGGGGCUUUGCCGCCAGCUCAAGGAGUUCCUCCACACAACGAAGCCGAGGAGGUUGUCAUGCAUGACGCCGACAUCCAGAACCUUGGCAAGGGAACUGGGCACGGUCGAUCUGGUGCUUAUGACGAGGAUGACGAUGAAGACAUGCGUGGAGGACAGCGAGUACAGUGCGCUCACCAGUAAGGCAGUAGGAAAAACGUUCAAGAAUAAAAGACCUCAUGAAAAUCUCA